UGUGCGCGCGCGUGUGUGUUUCCUGUGUGUUCAGCUCACGAUUUUAUCCAGCAUUAAUCUGUCAAACCCGCAGACCUUGUCAUCUCGGAUGCGUGUCUAAAAAUAAACAAGAACAAUAAACAAUGAACGCGGUGACCGUCGCCACCUGCCUGCUCGUCGCCGGCUUCAGCUGCUACCUCUACGGCAGCGACAUGUUCUUAUCGCUGCUCCGUGUCUCUGUUUCAGACCCCUCCAUGCCCGCGCCGGGAGCUGCUCCGCGGCGCAGCCCGCAGGGAGUCCCCUACGCCGCCCUGCCGCACAUCGUCAACGCCGACGGACUGUACCUGUUCUGCCGCUACUGGGAGCCCGCAGGCCCGCCAAGGGCUCUGGUGUUUGUUUCCCAUGGGGCUGGAGAGCAUAGCGGGCCAUAUGAGGGGAUUGCACAGACACUAAAGGACCAGUCCCUGCUGGUAUUUGCACAUGACCAUGUUGGCCACGGUCAGAGUGAAGGAGAAAGAAUGAACAUCAAAGACUUCGAGAUUUACAUCAGAGACGUCCUGCAGCAUGUUGACCUGAUGAAGUCACGCCAUCCCGACUUACCCGUCUUCAUCUUGGGGCACUCCAUGGGUGGUGCUAUCUCCAUCUUGACGGCCUGUGAGAGACCCAAUGAUUUUACUGGAGUGGUGCUGAUAGGUCCAAUGAUCCAGCUGAAUUCAGAAUCAGCCACACCAUUUAAGGUUUGUAUGGCGAAGGUUGCGAACUAUAUGCUUCCUAGUCUCAAUCUGGGCCCCAUUGAGUCCAAAUGGAUAUCACGGGACAAGACACAGGUGGAGGCAUAUGAAAAUGAUGAGCUGAUCUACCAUGGCGGGAUGCGAGUUUCUUUCGCCGUACAGCUGAUGGGAGCUACAGCUCGCAUCAAGAAGGAGAUUCCGUCCAUCAACUGGCCCUUCCUGAUCCUGCACGGUGAUGCUGACAAGCUCUGCGACAUUGGAGGUUCUGAGAUGAUGUAUGAGAACGCUCAAAGCUUAGACAAGAAACUCAAGAUCUAUGAGGGAGCCUACCAUGCCCUUCACCACGAGCUCCCAGAGGUGGCCGAGUCCGUGCUGAAGGAGGUGAGCAGCUGGAUCACAGAGCGCCUCCCGGACACGACAUCACCACAGCAGCAAGCCUCAUAGACUUGUAACUUGCACAACCCAGUCAGCACACCAAGGCAAUCUGCUCACUUUCCAGUAGUCUGUCAGGCAUAAGAAAUCUUCUAUACUCCUUACUCUAACAAAAUAUUUUCUCAGUAUAAAAAGUUUACUGACUUUAUUUUCUGGGCACAUACUGUACAAAAAGACUACACCACCCUCUCCUGUGUAUCCAUCAAUCAACCCACUAAUAUAAGCUAGGGUCAGGAACCACUUCUUACUGUAGCUACUCAGCAGCAGGGUUCAGUUUCUCUGCAAAACUUAAGACCUGGGAUGUGUGCUAUUUAUUCUGACCUGUGGGCAUAUAUGGUUAGCAUUUAAUCACCUCCAUUAGACCUCACUCAAGUGCAGCUCAAGUGAAAUAAAUUUUAAACUAUAGAAUGCUGGGGUUCAAAGUGCAAUAAUGGAGUUUCCAUCUCCUACAGUAUACAUACAGAAAAUUUUCUUUGAAGUGGUAAUGUAAUUUGUUAUUGAUCUGCACAGGAACACCCCCUUUUUGUUCAUCUUCCAAUCAUAGACAGGUCAGAGGUCAGGAUCAGCUAGAAGACGGCACCUCGGAAACUGCUGUAGGUUCAAUGCAGAACAAACACUUAAUGGCUAUCCUCAAUAGGAGAGGCUGUCAUCUCCUCAGUAUGACCCAACCUAAGUCCAUCUCCUCUGAUUCCUCUCACUGUUUUACGAAUAACCUAAAAUACCACUUUUGACAAGGCAGCUCUUGAAAAGUCACUCAGAAACCUACACUGUCAACAUACGUCACUUUGUGUAUAUAUAACAAAUCCUGUCUUCUCCUGACUUCCUCCAUCUUUCUCUCUCUUUUUGUUCCAAAGAGAGAUACCUGGCAUUGAUUCAUUACAUAGAAAGAUGAGUGUAAUCCAUCUAAAUCCAGCCUAAGGUCUAGUUUCAAAUCUAAGCCCUAAUUAUUAGAAUAAUUUGGCAUUGAUGUUUUACAAAUUAAAUGAAUUGUGCAAUGGAUCCUAUAAUAGUAUUUUAAAUGAAGUAUAUAUUUUUUACCAUAAAGUGAUAGUUUAUUAAUGAGUGAGAGACCAAUGGAAACAACAAUUUUUCAUAUGCGUAAUUCUUGAUGUGUGUAGUGAAGCGUGUAAGGGCAAUGAUGAGGAGGCAAAGGUGAAGCUGUUUUGUCUCUCUCUCUCUGCAGGUGGGAAUUAGAGGGAGUGCACAAAGACCAAAAUGUUUCUCUUCUCUGUGGCCUUUGACCUUUAUGGUCACAGUUGGCUUCACUGUUGAGAGUCAUUCAUUAAGCACAGGCUGCAGAGUAGUGCCCAGCUGGAAAACGAGACCCACGCAACACUCUGUUACUGUGGACAAAAGUUUAUCUCCUCUGUUCACAUAACAUCUGCCAUUUGAUGGACACGUUUAUCCAAAAUAUUUUAAAGUAAUAUGGCUGCAUACAUUUCAAGCAUGGGCGGCCACAGCGGGAAUCCAACCCCCUCUCUCAGAACAAUGCCAUAUUCAUACGUUUUCUGGAGAACAGGAUGUCCUCUGGAAUAGACUCCAGGCGUGGAGGGAUUGCAGCUCAAAAAGUAAUAUUACGGAGGAUGAAACUUAAGACUUUUGGCUUCAGAAAUAUCACUGAGGACUGCACCCAAGCACAGCAACAAUCUAAUAUAAAAUCCAUGUUUUAUUGUUCCAAAUCAUCCAGUUUAAACAGUUCAGUACAUUUACAAUUUAAACAUUCAUACUGUAUGUUGGGUACUUUAUAGACUGAUUUCAGUAUUUCUUAAACUCAGUACUCAGUCACCUUUUGGAAGGACUUAGAACCAUGACAUUAGUGUUUCUAAAAUUCUGUCUACAAAACUGGACAUGUUUUAUGCCUAGUGCAAUAAGAGCUUUUCAAACCUCUAAAUCCCCCCUGCAGUUAGAGAUGACUGAAACAGCGAUUAAGCGCAUAGUUCCCCUUUGUCUUUAUGCUCUAAAGGUAUAAACCUGUCAGUUUCUGAAGUGUUAGCAGCAGUGUGCAGUACUUGAAGUCAACCCAGGUUUCAAAUAGGUUUUCAACAAAACCACAGCAAUAAUAUCAUGGUAGCCUAUAUUUUUGGUAGCUGUUAAUUAUAAGCUAGACAGACGCACACUGAGCUUACAUUUUGACCUGUCAGGUUGACUGUAAUUAGCAGGUAUUGCUACAUGUGCUAAACUUUUUCCACCUCUUCAUCAAGCAUGAGAAAGUUUUAGCGAAAUAAAACGUGGAGAAGGAUCGAUCAUUUUGUUGUAUGUGGCAAAUCACUCAUCCCAUCAGUCAUCUGUACAAGAAGUGUCUCUGUUGUUGACUUCAUCCUUUGUUGACAAUGAACAUGUCCUACAGUUAAAUACACCCAGGAUGCAGAUGCUGGUGUCAAACCUGACUGUGUUGCACUGGCUCUUUAAGUUUUUUUGUUUUUUUUUAUUUGUCUGAGUUCAAAGGGAUUCAUGCAGAGAGUGUAGGUGAAGCACAGCGCGGUAUCCACGGUGACCGUUACUCACGUGUAACCAUGGCAGCUUUCUGACAGGAAGGUUGAUUAUUCCAUUUGAUUAUUCCAUUUUACAUGUGUAUAAACCGGGGUGAUCACUACAAGUCUGGUAGUAAAUGAGAGGAAUUUUGGUCCUUCAUGACUGCUGCUCUCACUCUCACUCUCCCUUACCCUCUCUUUCUCACCCUGUGUCACCCUGAUUCACAGCCUCUGGUUGCUUCUUUUUAUAGUCAACGUGGUGACCAGUGCUCUUUGUUCUGUCCAUCACAGAGCCCCUUGUUCUACUACUGAUUCAAAUAUCUUGUACUGUCAGCCAUAAGUGCUGCCAGCCACCCACACUGUCCCUAGUGGUCAAUUAUCAGAACAGCAACAUGACAUUUCUCAUUUUUCAGCUGGUGUGUUUUUUCCUUCUGGCUAUGGGCUCCCACUUAUUUAACAAGGCACACAUUACUUAACCUGCCUCUGACUCUGUUAAGCUAAAUGCUAAAUCUUACCACACUAAUUGGCUUUAGGAAAAAGGGAGGUGACAUUUCUUAGUCUGUAUGUACUAUAAGAGUGCAACCUAGGAUUGCUGGUCUGCUGACACGACCACAAAUCCUCGGUGUUUUGCAGAUGCCUUUGAGCACUGUUGUGUUUUGCUUUUUUAAUUCUUACUGUUUCUGGUGUUUGCAAACUGUUUUUUGAUUGGGCUACUGAGAAACUGCUGAGCUGCAAUGGAAAACAAGGCA